AUGGUGUGCAAGAAGAAUCGACGAACGCGUGGCCGCCUUGCUCAAAUCUGCAGAAACGAGACGGGUCUGUUGAAGGAGAUCAGCCGAGGAGUGACGCUAGGAGCAACAGAGUGUGCUCAUCAGUUCAGAAAUCGCCGUUGGAAUUGCACCACUCAGAGACGCAGUAUGAGGAAAAUAUUAAUGAGAGAUACACGAGAAACAGGGUUCGUGAAUGCAAUCACGGCGGCCGGUGUUACAUAUGCCAUUACACGAGCAUGUACUGCGGGUUCGCUUUUAGAAUGCUCAUGUGAAAAGGAAGUACCAAAACCACGUCGUGGGAAGACGAAAAUUCCGCAGACUCCAAACCCCGUUCAAACAGAUAGAUGGCAAUGGGGCGGUUGCAGUGAUAAUGUUCGCUUUGGCUUACAAAAGUCCCGUGAAUUCAUGGACAGCCGCUAUAGGAAGAAAAGCGACAUAAAAACUUUAAUAAAACUCCACAAUCAUAAUGCUGGGAGGUUGGCGAUAAAAAAUAAUAUGAAAGUAGAGUGUAAAUGUCACGGACUGUCAGGAUCCUGUACACUUAGAACUUGUUGGUGGCGGAUGCCUACGUUUAGAGAAGUUGGAGAUAAACUACGUGAUAGAUUUGAAGGGGCUGCUAAGGUAAUAUCUAGUAACGAUGGUGACAGUUUCAUGCCUGAAAGUCCCAAUAUAAAGCGACCAGGAAAGAAAGAUAUAAUUUAUUCUGAAGAAUCACCAGAUUUUUGUUCACCCAAUCUGAAAACUGGAUCUUUAGGAACUGAAGGACGUCAAUGUAAUAUUAGUUCUGCGGGAACAGACAGUUGUGACCAACUGUGCUGCAGGCGAGGUUACUUACAAACCACUAUAAAGGAGGCUGAAAACUGCAAUUGUCAGUUUAAAUGGUGCUGCGAAGUGAUUUGCGAAACUUGUUACGUGAAACGAGAUGUACAGACGUGUGUU